AUGUCAGUACAACAACAAUUAUACACAUUCUAUCUAUCUAUCUAUCUAUCUAUUUAUCUAUCUAUCUAUCUAUCUAUCUAUCUAUCUAUCUAUCUAUGUCUAACUAAACUUAUUUUGGAGUCACAUUACAAAUCAUCGCUUAUGUCAGUACAACAACAAUUAUAUCAUCUAUCUAUCUAUCUAUCUAUCUAUCUAUCUAUCUAUCUAUCUAUCUAUCUAUCUAUCUAUCUAUCUAUCUUAUGUCAGUACAACAAUUAUUCUAUCUAUAUCUAUCUAUCUAUUCAUCUAUCUAUCUAUCUAUCUAUUAUCUAUCUAUCUAUCAUUCUAAUCUUAUUUUCUUACAAAUCAUUAUAUUUUAUUGAUAUAGCAUCUUAUGUAUCUAUCUAUCUAUCUAUCUAUCUAUCUAUCUAUCUAUCUAUCUAUCUAUCUAUCUAUCUAUGUCUAACUAAACUUAUUUUGGAGUCACAUUACAAAUGUAAGAAGUCUUUUCCAUUAUAUUUUAUUGAUAUAGCAUCACUUAUGUCAGUACAACAACAAUUUAUAUCUAUCUAUCUAUCUAUCUAUCUAUCUAUCUAUCUAUCUAUCUAUCUAUCUAUCUAUGUCUAA